AAUCGCCAUAUUUUAGGGACAGUUCAAUUUAUACUUGGAAUUAUUUGCUGUUACUCGAUUGCCUGACACACAAUUGGGUAAAUCCGCGCAACUGCCUGUCAUAAAACUCAAUUCGAAGAAGGGCCGUGUACCUGUUAAGCCGUGUUGCAAGAGAAAGGUACAACUGGCUGGUGCUUAAAAGGGUGGGAAGGCGAGCAGUGAUCAUCAGUUUGUCGAGAGCAAAGCAAGAGGACGGAACAAAUACAACUAAAUAUUUUCCAACCUUAAAUAUAAUUAUGAGCAACAUUAGCAACGAUAGUGGCUUGGACGACUCGGCGAUUUGUGGCAUGCCAAGUAAUGCGAAUGCUGCGGCAACACGUCUCUCCUGGUUCCUGGCCGAGGUGGACGCUGGCUCGAUGCAGAACGGUCGUCCGAAUGGCAAAAGGCGUUUGUGCGUCCUGCACAGCAUGGAGCUGCUGGAGUCGGAUGUGUCCGACAAGUAUAUGACACGUUUUGUAGAAUUCCGCAUCAAUGGAAAGAAACUGGAGGCAAAACUCAUAUUGGCAGCCGAUGAGCGCAGGCUAGUGGAUGCAGCCCUAGUGGCUAUGAGUAAGGAGCAGCGGGACGACGACGACAAUGUCCGCCAGCUGCUGGUGCAGUACAACGAGGAGGAUGCCUCGGGCAACCGACUGGUGCAUAAGAUCAUUUCGCCACAAUGCCCCGACUGGCUAAGCACUAAACCGAAUCUGAGCAGCACUCCGCUGGUCAAACUGGGUCCAGGCUGCAUUGGUCACGUUCUGUAUACUUAUGAGCAGCGUGAUUAUAUGGAGAAAGUACUGCUACAUCUGAAGGCGCGCUGCUUUGAUCACGCCUUCGACGAGCAUCUGGAUGCUGCCCAUGAGCCGAUGGAUGAGCACACCUGGCUGCUUGUGCAGUACAGUCCGGAGCCAGAAACGGUUGUCUAUCAGGUUAUACCGUACAGUCAGACGGUGUGGCGCCAGGAGAAUCUAUUCAAGGAUGUCAUUGCAUACCUACAGCUACCAGGUAGCGAAGUGGUGCUACAAGCAGUCGUCAUCAGCUACGGACAGGAUCAGCAGCAUCUCCAAGACAAAUAUGAGCAGCUGCGCCGCUAUGCCCUCGACUUAGAGUUCCCGCAGCCUGAGGAGCUGGAGCAUCAGCUGCAGCAGGGCAACGGCACCGCCGCCCUCUUUGCCCGUACCAGCAGCAACCUAUUCCAGCGUGGUGAGCAACGCGACACCAGCGGGGAGCACAAGCAGCUGCGACGCAGUCUACAAGAGAUGAGCGAAAAGGCCCACAGCGAGGCGGACAUGAUCAUUGAUGCCUUCGACAUGGUUGACAAUAUCAAUAGGAAUCUACAGGAACGGCUGUGCGACGCUCAAGUCGAGGUCGCCUCAAAUUCGGAUGAUGAAACGCACUAAAUCAAAAUUUCGCUGAACAAAGUUCUACAAAUUAGUUCCAUUGUACUUUACGAACUGUAAACAAUAGAGUGUAAGAGUUGCCUUAAAUUAAACUUUUAAAGU